AUGUCUGACUACAAAUUCGAAGGCUGGGUCGGCCUCGACAAGUCCGCUGCCAAGGGCCAGAUGGUCUGGCAGGAAUUCGAGCCCAAGGCUUGGGAGGAAACUGAUGUCGAUAUCAAAGUGUCUUGCUGUGGUAUUUGCGGGAGUGACUUGCAUACUCUCCGGAGUGGAUGGGGCCCCACCACAUACCCCUGCUGCGUCGGCCAUGAAAUCGUCGGCACAGUUGUGCGCGUCGGAUCGCAAGCUGAAGGAAACCUGAAGAUUGGCGACCGCGUCGGUGUUGGCGCGCAGGGAGAGUCCUGCCAGAGCCGCAACGGCGACUGUGAAGAGUGCGCUUCCGGUCGCGAGCAGUACUGCGGUAACCACUUCGCUGGUACAUACAACAGCACGUUCAUGAACGGUGGUACCUCGUAUGGUGGCUACGCUUCGUACCAUCGUGCUCCGUCUAGGUUCGUGAUUAAGAUCCCCGAUGAGCUCUCCUCGUCUGAGGCUGCGCCUAUGCUCUGCGGUGGUAUUACCACUUACUCGCCUCUGCGCCAGAACGGCUGCGGCCCUGGUAAGCGUGUUGGUGUUAUUGGUGUUGGUGGAUUGGGCCACUACGCGAUUAUGUUCGCCAAGGCGCUCGGUGCGGACCAUGUCGUCGGUAUCUCGCGCAAGUCGAACAAGAAGGAAGACGCGCUGAAGCUGGGUGCGGACGCAUACAUCGCCACAGAUGAGGACGCAGAAUGGGCAACCAAGAACACCCGAACCCUCGACCUUAUCAUCUCCACCGUCUCCUCGUCUAAGAUGCCCAUCCUCGACUACAUCAACCUGCUCCGUCCCAGCGGUACUUUCAUCCAGCUUGGUAACCCCGAGGACGGCACGUUGGAUAUCCCCAUUCCCGCUCUUAUAAUGAAGGGAGUUAAGCUUGGUGGAUCGCUGAUUGGUAGUCCCAGCGAGAUCCGCGAGAUGUUGCAGGUUGCGGCUGAUAAGAAGGUCAAGUCGUGGAUCCAGGAGGUGCCGAUGAAGGAGGCUAAUCGGGCUAUCUUGGAUAUGGAUGCCGGGAAGGCCAGGUAUCGGUAUGUGUUGGUUAACGACGCAUAG